CAGAGAGCCUUCCUUCAGUUGAGGGUUGUCUGUUGUAAUCCAGCCGCUGUGUGUUCACAGCCAACUAGGAAGGAUUGUUGUUUUUUUUACGUGCAUGCAUGUACACAGCAGGAAAAUUAGUUGACUGAACCCCAUUGAUUUUAUUAUCCUCUUCCUUAGUGUUUGUGGAGAUUCGCAAACACAAAACAAGCCGCUGGGCAGGCCGACUAGACGGAUGGAAUUCCCAGCAGCAGAGGCGAGGUAGAUGGAGAAACAGACAGGGUGGACGAAUCGCUGUCGUAAAUAAUUUAAUAUUCAGCCAUCUGCUGGAGCUGAAGGAAGGGGAAAAUGCAUCUUCACCAGGUGUUAACUGGAGCUGUGAACCCCGGUGACAGCUGUUACUCUGUAGGGAGCGUCAACGACAUUCCUUUUACGGCCUACGGUUCCGGCUGUGAUAUAGUGAUCUUAGCCAGUGAUUUCGAGUGUGUUCAGAUUGUCCCUGGAGCUCAAAAUGGCAACAUUCAAGUGGGCUGUGUGGAGUGUUCUCACCAGCUCGGCAGGAUUGCAGCAUCCUAUGGGAACACUGUGUGUAUCUUUGAACCAAUUGCUACCAACCCAAACAAACGUCAUAAGCAUCUUAACUACCAGUGGCAAAAGACAGGACAGUUCUUCCUUAACACUAUCACCUAUAACCUGGCCUGGGACCCACAAGGGAACCGUAUCCUGGCGGCUACAGAGUGCCUGCAGCUUUGGGCUCCUCCAUCUGCAGACACCCUGAUAGAAGAGGAGGAUGGACAGAUGACAGACGACAAGCCUCACCCUGUCUUCAAUGACUGGAAGUGUGUGUGGCAGUGCAAGACGGCAAUGUCUGUUCAUAUCACCAAGUGGUCUCCUGAUGGGGAAUACUUUGCAACAGCUGGCAAGGAUGACUGUCUGUUAAAGGUCUGGUACCCCACCACUGGGUGGCGCUCUGCUGUACUUGCCCCAGACCCCCCAGAUAAAAAAUGCCCUGAGGUCCACUUCUCCUUUGUAUACCUGGCCCACCCGCGCUCUGUCACUGGCCUGUCCUGGAGGAAGACCAGCAAGUACAUGCCCAAGGCCAGUGUGUGUAAUGUGUUGCUGACAUCGUGUGAGGACGGUGUCUGUAGGCUGUGGUCUGAAACGGUGCUGCCAGAGGACAGCAUCCUGGGGGGUCAGAUCACAGAGAACACACACUCCUACAGUUCCAGCCUGCCUGGCCUGGGGGGGAAGGACAAGAUACAACACGCCCUGGAGUCGAUGAGUCACCUGAAACACCUGCGUCGGGGUCGCCGGAGGUCCUCUGCCUUGGUGGCCCAUACGGAGCUGCUGCCAUCUCAGAUGGGGAACGUGGAGACGCACACACACCGACACAUCUCGCACCAUGCUAACGCUCUGUGCCACUUCCACAUCUCUGCCAGCAUUAACCCUGCCACAGAUAUCCCCGCGGUGCUGGCAGAGUCUGCUGUGUUCAGUCCAGAGGAUGGAAGUGGAGGGGGAGGCUUUGUGGUCCACUGGCUCAACAACAAGGACCUGUCCUUUACCUCCUCAAUGGAUCUGUUCAUGCUGCGGCUACGCAAGCUAUCAGAACAGCAGCUGGACCAAACCACUGACGACCCUCUGGAGCAGGACGGAUCCCCUAUGAAGUUUGACUUUGACCUCGAUGAGAUGUCAGACAAGGGUUCGUCUGAGCAUGGCGAGGAGGGUGAGGGGGGUGAGGGCAGCACCAAGGCUUCGUCUCCAGGCUCCAGUAGCUCCGUGCCACUGCCCUCCAUGUUGCUGGAGAGGAAGAUGGAGACUUUAAUUCUGGAGUGGAAUAAGAGUCCUGACAUGCUGUUCACCAUCCACCCCACUGAUGGCUCCUUCCUGGUCUGGCAUGUCAAAUACCUGGAUGAGUAUAUCCAGGGCAUCUUCAGACAAGUGCAUGUGUCGUUCUCAUCCCGUAUCCCGGUGGCAUUCCCUACAGGUGACGCCAAGUCCCUGAGUAAGAACAUUCUGAUGUACGCCUGUUCCUUCUCCGACAUGGAUAGCUCCAACGUCGGAGCCGAACAGGGGCGGAGGAACGGCCUGGUAGCCCACUCCGCCUCCGCCGGGCUGGGCUCCUCCGCCCUCAGCCUCUCGCUGGCCCAAGCUUCCGGCAUCAGCCCUGCUGUCAUGAUGGUGUCCAAACACGUAGAUGGUUCUCUCAACCAGUGGGCCGUGACGUUCGCGGAGCGGUCAGCAUUCUCCAACGUUCUGACAGUGUCUCAUAAGUUCCGUUACUGCGGUCACCGGUUCCACCUCAACGACCAGGCGUGUCACACGGUCCUACCUCUCCUGCUGACCUCCUCCCAUCACAACUCCCUCCUAACGCCCCCCUCCGCUCCCGGCAGUAUGGACCUGGACCAGCCCCCCGCACAUGCCCCUCCCCCCAGAGGACUGCCCAGGAAGCAGCUGCGUAACACGGCCACCCGGACCUUCCAUGACCCGAACGCCAUCUACAGUGAGCUGAUUCUGUGGAGGGUGGACCACAUCGGACCCCUGUCCUGCACCGGAGGGGUGUCAGAACUGGCCCGGAUCAAUUCUCUACACACAUCAGCUUUCUCCAAUGUAGCCUGGUUGCCAACCUUGGUGCCCAGCUCCGUUCUAGGUACAUACUGUAACAGUUCCAGUGCCUGUUUCGUAGCGUCAGACGGUAAGAACCUGCGUCUUUACCAGGCUGUUGUGGAUGCCAGGAAACUGCUGGCUGAACUGUCUGACCCUGAGACCUCAAAGCUGGUUGGAGAGGUGUUUAACAUAGUGAGCCAGCAGUCAACAGCCAGACCUGGAUGCAUCAUAGAGCUAGACAUCAUCACCAACCAGUGUGGUUCGACCACCCAGCUCCUACAUGUCUUCCAGGAAGACUUUAUUCUCGGUUACAAGCCUCAGGAGGAACCAGAGCUCUUCACUCCAGCAUACCCUUCUACCCAGGAGUACCAUCCGCCUCCCUUCUCUGAGAAGUUCUUCCUGGUGGUCAUAGAGAAGGACCUAAACAGGAACUCAGUACUGCAGAUGUGGCACCUGCACCUUCAGUCUGUACAGGCCUGUGUGGAUGAGACCGUUUCCAAGCCGUCAUCCCAGCUGAUGGUCCCAUUCCAGCAGGGUACUACUGACUCCUCUCCAGACACCUCCCCCCUCACCGCUCUGCCACGCUCAGCCUCAACAGCGAACCUGCAGUCGGCCAGCAAACUCAUCCUCAGCUCCAGACUGGUCUGUAGCCAUCGCCUGGACCUGCCCUUCGGGGUGGAGGUGACAAGGGCGACGCCCUCUGCAGGUCACCUCAGCUCCUCGUCCAUCUACCCAGUGUGUCUGGCCCCAUACCUGAUUGUGACAACCUGCUCCGACUCCCGGGUCCGAUUCUGGCGCUGCUCCGUGGAGGGUUCUGAGGAGGGGGUGGGGGAAGCCAGGACCUAUCACUGGGUGCCCUGGUCCCUACUCAACGAAGAGGAGGAUAACAACAGUGCCGUUUGCGUCCCCGGGCGCCCCGUGGCCGUGUCCUGCUCCUACAUUGGGCGGCUGGCGGUGUCCUUCAAACAGCCGCGACCUGGGCAGGGACAGAGCCGUGGCCCGGCCGGGGACUUCUCCAUGCACGUGUCCAUCUAUGAGUGUGAGUCUACAGGGGGCUCCGAGUGGGUGUUGGAGCAGACCCUCCACCUGGAUGACUUCACCAGGCCCACCUCCACCCUGGACCCCAGAGUCAGCGUGGACUCCAACCUCUUUGUGUACAGCAGGUCUGAUCUGUACAUGGGUCGAGACCGCCACUCUCCCAACAUUAAACACUAUGUUAAUCUGGACUGGCUGUCCAAAGAGGACGGGUCCCAUAUCCUCACGGUCGGGGUGGGAUCCAACAUCCUCAUGUACGGACGCAUCUCGGGCGUGGUCAAUGAACAGACUAGCAGCAAGGAUGGUGUGGCGGUCAUCACCCUGCCCCUUGGAGGGAGCAUCAAACAGGGAAUCCGUUCCCGCUGGAUCCUGCUGCGCUCCGUGGACCUCCUCUCCUCGGUGGACGGAACCCCCUCCCUGCCCGUGUCCCUGUCCUGGGUCCGUGACGGCAUCCUGGUGGUGGGCAUGGACUGUGAGAUGCACGUGUACGCCCAGUGGCGCCAGGACCGCAAGCCCGGGGAGGUUGAGGGCGACAGCCCGUCCUCCGCUGAUGACAUCACAUCCUCCGCGGCGUUCAAGGGACGAGCCCGGUCCAAGAGCAUGUUUGAGGGCAACGCGGCCAUCGACGAGGCUCUCCAGGCGCCGGCGGGGCUUCAGGAGGGGGGUCUGUUUGAGGCUGCCCACUCCCUGUCCCCCACCUUGCCUCAAUACCAUCCCACGCAGCUGCUGGAACUCAUGGACCUGGGGAAGGUGCGCCGAGCCAAGGCCAUCCUGUCCCACCUGGUGAAGUGUAUUGCCGGUGAGGUUGCCGUGGUGAGGGAUGUGGAAGCCGGCGAGGGCGGAGCCAGGCGUCACCUGUCCCGGACAAUCAGCGUGAGCGGCAGCACGGCUAAGGACACCAUCGUGGCGGGGCGCGACGGAGGGAGAGACUACACAGAGAUCAACUCCAUCCCCCCUCUGCCCCUUUACUCUCUGCUGUCUGCCGACUUGGACACCUCCUACAAGGGUGGAGAGGAGGGGUUGAAGGGGGGGAUGGUGGUUGAGGGGGAGGGGGCCAGGAAGACUGGAGAAGAUCAGUACACAGACCUCUUCCAGAUGCAGGCAGUGACCACAGAUGACUUUGUGAGCUUUGCUACCGAGAAAGUAGAAAAGUCGUCCAGAGUUAUCAACCUGUCUCAGUAUGGGCCCACCUACUUCGGACCAGAACAUGCCCAGGUGUUAUCUAGCCAGCUGAUGCAUUCCAGUCUGCCCGGUCUGACGCGCUUGGAGCAGAUGUUUCUGGUGGCUCUGGCUGACACUGUGGCAACCACCAGUGCAGAGGUCAGCAGCUCCACUGACAAACAGUACACAGGUGGUGAGGCUCUAGAUGAGUGUGGCCUGAGGUACCUGUUAGCCAUGCGCCUGCACACCUGUCUCCUUACCUCUCUACCCCCGCUGUACCGCAUGCAGCUGCUGCACCAAGGUCUGUCUACAUGUCACUUUGCGUGGGCCUUCCACUCGGAGGCUGAGGAGGAGAUGUUGAACAUGAUCCCGGCCAUGCAGAGGGGAGACCCUCAGUGGUCUGAGCUCCGAGCUGUGGGGGUGGGGUGGUGGAUACGCAACAUCAACACACUCCGCAAGAUGGUGGAGAAGGUGGGUAAAGCAGCGUUCCAGAGGAACAAUGAUCCUUUAGACGCAGCUCUAUUCUACCUGGCAAUGAAGAAGAAGGCUGUUCUCUGGGGCCUCUUCAGGUCUCAGCAUGAUGACAAGAUGACCACGUUCUUUAAGAAUAACUUCAGUGAGGACCGCUGGCGUAAAGCCGCCCUGAAAAAUGCUUUCUCUCUGCUGGGAAAACAGCGCUUUGAACAGUCUGCAGCCUUCUUUCUGUUGGCUGGUUCCCUGAAAGAUGCCAUUGAGGUUUGCUUGGAAAAGAUGGAGGAUAUCCAGUUAGCCAUGGUAGUAGCCCGGCUGUACGAGGCCGACUUUGAGAGCAGUUCCACCUGUCAAGCCAUUCUGUAUGAGAAGGUUUUGGGGUGCAAGAGGGACGGUACAGACUACCACUGUACCAAGCUGCACCCGGACCCGUUCCUGCGCAGCAUUGCCUUCUGGAUCAUGAAGGACUACACCAAGGCCCUGGACACACUGCUGGAGCGCAUCCCCAAGGAGGAGGAUGAGAACCCUGAUGUGAUGGUGAAGUCCUGUAACCCGGUGGUGUUCAGUUUCUAUAACUACCUGAGAACACACCCCUUAAUCAUCCGCCGACACUAUGCCUCACCCGGGGUUGCUGUGACAUCCUCAAUGGGCCUCACCUCAGAGAAGAGCAGCGUCGACGAGAUUAACCUCAUCGAGCGCAAACUCUUCUUCACCACGGCCAAUGCCCAUUUCAAGGUGGGCUGUCCAGUGCUAGCUCUGGAGGUGCUCUCAAAGAUCCCCAAGGUCACCAAGAAGUCGGUCCCCUCAUCCCUGAGUAAAGGCUCUUCCAUGGUUAAUGUCAGCUCCAGCCUGAAGAACGGGGACCACGGGGCCCUGGACUGGGCCUCUCCUGCCCCAGCCAAGGACGCCCAUGUUUGGGGUACGGCAGACAGUUCUGCCGACCUGGAUUGGAGUCAGCCUCUGGUCAAAGUAGAGGACGACGGACUGCAGUUGGACUGGGGCGAGGAUAAGAACGAAGAUGACGACGACGACGAUGACGACGAUGACAGCGGUCUGACCAUGAAGAAGGCUGAGGUGGAGACCAACGAGGACGUCGGGCCGCAGAAAGAGGAUCCUCCGGGGGAGUCUGAGGUGGAUGUGAUCGCAGAGCAGCUGAAGUUCCGAGCGUGUCUGAAGAUUCUGAUGACAGAGCUGCGUACGCUCGCUACGGGCUACGAGGUGGACGGGGGGAAACUGCGCUUCCAACUGUAUAGCUGGUUGGAGAAGGAGAUCGGGGCCAUGCACCGGAUCUGCAACUACAAGCUUGCCGGGAAGGAAGACAGCCAGGAGGUGGAGCCGUGGGGGGAUGGAGGUGAGGAUGUGUUUGAGGAGUCCCUGGAGCUUAGCGGCGGUAUGGAGGCUCGGGCGUAUGAGCGCCACCAACUGGAGCGCAGGCGUCUCGCCGCCAAGCAGCAUCAUGCUGAGCGGAGGAAGGCGUGGCUGAGGAAGAACCAGGCUCUGCUCCGGGUCUUCUUGUCCUACUGCAGCCUGCACGGGGCCAAGGGAGGAGGGGUGACCUCAGUACGCAUGGAGCUUAUCUUCCUGCUGCAGGAGAGCCAGCAGGAGACUUCUGUGAAACAGCUCCAGUCCCCCCUCCCCCUCCCCACCACACUGCCCCUCCUCUCCGCCAGCAUCGCAGCCACCAAGACCGUCAUCUCCAACCCUGUCCUCCACCUCAGCAAUCACAUCCACGACAUCCUCCACACCACCAACCAGAUGGAGGUCCCGCCGCACCCUGAACUCAUGGACGACAGGGUUAACCUGUUACACACCUUGGCUGCCUCUCUGUCUGCCUGCAUCUACCAAGCGCUGUGUGACAGCCACAGCUACAGCAGCCAGGCAGAGGCCAAUCAGUUCACAGGGAUGGUGUACCAGGGUCUCCUGCUGAGUGAGAGGAGACGACUACGCACCGAAAGCAUCGAAGAGCACGCAACACCCACCUCUGCCCCGGCACAGUGGCCAGGUGUGUCCUCUCUGAUAGCUCUGGUGCAGUCGGCCCAGGGCGAGGACCAACCCAAGCUCAGCGUGUUGCUGUGUGAGGCGGUAGUGGCCGUAUACCUGUCCCUGCUCAUCCAUGGCCUCGGCACUCACAACAGCAACGAGCUCUUCCGCCUCGCCGCUCAUCCCCUCGGCAACAAGAUGUGGGCGGCCGUAUUUGGGGGCGGGGCAAAAAUCGUCAUCAAACCCAAGCGAAACGUUGAGAUCGCUCCAGUGGGAGCAGCAGGUAAAGCUAGAAAGGACUCAUCAUCAUCAUUGACCUCUGAACCUGACACAUGGACUAAACCAGAGAUAGUCAUCCAAGAUAACGGUUCAGCCGUGCCGACCCCUCCCCCUGCCGAGGAUGUGGACCGACUGAGACGGAGGUUUAACAUGAGGAUGCUGGUUCCUGGUCGUCCUGUGAAGGAGGUCCCUGCCACCCCGCCUCCCGUCCCAGUGGAGCGACCAGCCUACAGGGAGAAGUUUAUUCCACCUGAGCUUAGCAUGUGGGACUACUUUGUGGCCAAACCCUUCCUGCCCCUGUCAGACAGUGGAGCGUUGUACGACUCCGACGAGAGUGGGGCGGAGGAUGAUGAUGAUGACGACGAUGAUGCCUUCCUGUCAGACACACAGAUGACGGAGCACUCCGAUCCCAACUCGUACAGUUGGGCUCUCAUGCGUCUGGUAAUGGUUAAACUGGCGCUUCACAAUGUCAAGACCUUCCUCCCGCUAACUGGACUGGACUUCACAGACCUGCCGGUGACAUCUCCUCUGUCCAAUGCUGUUCUGAAGACAUUAGAGAACUGGGAGACCAUGUUGCUGGAGAGGAUGAACAAGUUUGAUGGUCCUCCCCCCAACUACAUCAACACCUACCCCACAGACCUGAGUGCUGGAGGGGGGCCCGCCAUCCUGAGACACAAGGCCAUGCUGGAGCCUGACAACACUCCAUUCAAGAAUAAGAGCCAUGCGUCAUUCCCUGCACGACGUCUCUGGCACUUCCUGGUGAAACAGGAAGUCCUUCAGGAGACACUGAUCCGGUACAUCUUCACUAAGAAGAGGAAGCAAAGCGAGUGUGUAGAAGACCAUGUGGAUCUGCUCAUCCCAAACUGUGUAGCUGGAGCGCACAGGUCUAACAAGGUGGAGGCAGAUCUGGGCUACCCAGGAAAGAAUGCCAAGAUUAUCCAUAAGGAGUCUGACAUCAUUAUGGCCUUUGCAAUCAACAGGGCUAACUCCAAUGAGAUAGUGCUGGCGUCCACUCAUGACGUGCAGGAAGUGGAUGUGUCCACUCUGUUAGCUGCUCAGCCCUACACCUGGAUAGGAGAGGACUUCGACAAAGAGUCUCGCAGUUCUGAUGAUGUGGACUACCGUUCAUCCCACACAAACAUCUCCCAGGCUUCCUCAACCCCUUCCCACUUUGCUCCUAAAGACGUUUCAGCUUCUGCAUCCAUGCCCUGGCUGGGAACUGGGCAGACGACCAUGGGCGCUAGUGUGAUUAUGAAGAGGAACCUUAACAAUGUGAAGAGAAUGACCUCCCACCCCAUAUACCAAUAUUAUAUGACUGGGGCUCAGGAUGGCAGUGUCCGUAUGUUUGAGUGGAACAGGCCGCAACAACUCAUCUGCUUCAGACAGGCCGGCAAUGCCAGAGUCACACGCCUCUAUUUCAACUCCCAGGGAAACAAGUGUGGUGUUGCCGAUGGUGAAGGCUUCCUUAGUCUAUGGCAGGUCAACCAGACCUCCUCCAACCCCAAGCCCUACCUGAGUUGGCAGUGCCACUCCAAGACAUGUGGUGAUUUUGCCUUCGUCACUUCCUCCAGUCUCAUCGCUACUGCAGGACAGUCCAAUGACAGCAGAAACGUCUGCCUUUGGGACACUCUGAUUUCACCCAGCAACGCCAUGGUGCAUGCCUUUCCAUGCCAUGAGAACGGUGCCACUGUGUUGCAGUACGCGCCCAAGCAGCAGCUGUUGAUUUCGGGGGGAAGGAAGGGCUUUGUGUGUGUGUUUGACAUCCGGCAGAGACAGCUCCUACACACCUUCCAGGCUCACGACUCCGCUAUCAAGGCCCUGGCGCUCGAUGCCUCUGAAGACUUCUUUGUCACCGGCUCAGCUGAGGGGAACAUGAAGGUCUGGAAGCUGGCAGGCCACGGUCUCAUGCACUCCUUCAGCACGGAGCACGCCAAGCAGUCCAUCUUCCGGAACAUUGGCGCGGGUGUCAUGCAGGUGGAGACCCGACCCGGCAACCGCAUAUUCACCUGUGGAGCUGAUGGAACGCUCAAGAUGAGGGUUCUACCAGACCGCUACAACAUCCCCGCUAGCAUUUUCGACAUCCUGUAGACCACUUAACGACUUCCUGUACUGUCUGUAACAAGGUCAUCUGAUUGGUUAGUGGGCAGAAAGGUUGAAAAGAUAUACUAAACUUUCACUAGAAUAUUCAAUAUAUAGAAUAUCUUGUAGAAACAAAAAAUAUCUGAGAGUUAUAUGUCUAAAAGGUGGAGGAUAGAAAGGUUUAAGGUCAACCAACCUUGCUGUCAUUUGUUUAACACUGAAUUUAGAGCCUACUCUUGCGUGUGAGAAAGAGAGUAGGGGAAAGAGAGAGAUGUGGUGAAGGAGAGAGAAGGAUAGAGUGUGGGAGAAAUAGAGAGAUUGGGGGAAUGGAGAGAGCGGUUGGGUGGUGGGUUGAUCACUAAAUAUAUUACAUCACUGGAUAUUCUUUAGUUUGACUUAAGUGUGUGUUAUUGAUUUGAGUUUCAUAUGGGUCAAAAGUUGAGAGAUGACAAGGUUUUCGGGGGCUUUGACUGUUGGUACUGUGUGGUUUAAACUGUACCUAAGAGAAAUUCUGUCAGAGAAGUGAAAUUGAGCUGCAAAUCUUUUUUUCCCCCCUGAUGGUCCAAGCGUGUGUUAAUGUUAAUGCGACGGGAUCCGUUCUUGAUUUUAACAGCUAGAUUUCCCGUCAUUUUAAAGUGGAUGGUGGACUUCUAGUGGAGUGUAAGUCCAUAUGGAAGCUAUGCAUGUUCUCCUUUUAAGCAGUGCAAUCACAAGGUUUAUUGAUAUGAUAGUGCUCUGUACAAGUGCUCAAGCAAAACUUUUAAAGUGUGUAUCUGUUGUCAUUUUGUGCCCACAAGCUGCAGGACUAUCUUAGCAUCUACUUUUAACCAGCACUGUGGUUCCUUAAUUCAGUCAGUAAGUCAAUCAGUGGUCUCUGUUGUGACUCUAAAGUUGUUGGAUUCUGCAUUUUGUCCUUUCUUUCCUGGCUUCUCUCACUGUUAAUGGCAGAGUUUAAUGGCACAUUAUCCCCAUAGUGAACCCAUGGCACUGGCUGCCUAUUGUUUCGCUCGCUAGAUGUGAUCACACCUUUCUAUCGGCCAUUAUAGCCCUGCUAAAUGCCUGUUUGUGCGGAAGCAGCAGCCUCACUGCUAGAACGCUGUGUGUGGAAGAUGGUGUGUUUUGAUCCUGUGACUGUAUGGUCUGUGUCUCAUCUCUCCGUUGCCCUGAAAUCCCCACCCUGAGAAGAAACUAACCCACAAAGUCUGUUCAGUCUGUUGCCCUGAAAUCCCCACCCUGAGAAGAAACUAACCCACAGAGUCUGUUCUGUCUGUUGCCCUGAAAUCCCCACCCUGAGAAAAAACUAACCCGCGGAGUCUGUACUGUCUGUUGCCCUGAAAUCCCCACCCUGAGAAGAAACUAACCCACAAAGUCUGUUCUGUCUGUUGCCCUGAAAUCCCCACCCUGAGAAGAAACUAACCCACAGAGUCUGUUCUGGCUGUUCCUUUUUGCACAAAAAGAUAUCCGUUUAUUUUAAUAACUACAGUAUGUAAAUGUUUUUUUGUUGGUUGUUUUUUAUUUUGCAGACUUGUUAUUUGUGUUUAACUUAUUGCCUUUUUCGAUGUAUGUAGGACUGUAAGGUUAAAACUGUAUUUGACUGGGACAUAGUGCAACAUGGCAUAGGUUUGUGUUUGGUUAUACUACUGUAAUGUUAUUGUUUUUGCAAACGUUAUACAAUUGAUAUUGAAUAGAUAUUUGCACUCAAAUCUGGGGAUACUAUAUGUUUAUUUCGAAAUGAAUAGGGUAUCAGAAUGAGGAAGAAACUGUUAUAUACAAAUGAAUGUUUGGCUGCAUUUGGCCUAGUAGUAAAAAGUUUGAGAUUUUAUUCAAAGCAGCUUGUACAAACAUUAAAUAAUUUUAUUUGAUUUCUUGGUUUGUAUCAUACCGACUGGAUUAGUUGUACCUUUUGUUAAAUGUGUGGUAUUUAUUUUAUGAGUAAAAUUAUUAUUAUCGUUAUUAUUAUUAAACAUUUGUGUUAACCUUC